AGCCAAUGGAAUCAGGAAAAUGGAAAAGAGUGUUUCCCAAAAAAAUCAUCAUUGUUUCGGAACUUUUCGUGCUCAGUGAGUCACUGUUUUGGACAUGGUUUCGUCAACAGCAUAGAGAGGGCAACUAGACAUUGAAAUGUAGCCGGCAUUCUUGGGGAACUAAGUAAACCAGAGGCAGCCUAGUUAGUGCAAUAUUUAUCAGUCAGUAUUGGAUUGUGAUCAACUGUAUGUGAUACAUUACAAGGUGUACAUGUACAACUGUGAAAGAACUUUUAAUGGCUGUGACAGAACAUUUUUCCAAUGCAAGCUAUGUUUUACUAUUUAAAAAAAAUGAAAAAAGGCAUGAACAGUUCUUGUGAAAAUAUAUCAUAGUGUCAUUAACAGUUUAGGUAUCUUAGUGUUUUUCUCCAGAUUAACUUUUAAAAAUAGAUGUUUUUCUUCUUAGCAUAAAGACAUUGUUGUGGUGUUCAAAUUUUGACAUUGGUGUACAAAAAGAACUAUGAUUUCUGUGUUUGUAAUUGUCUACACUGGAAACUUCUCUUAUUCAUUGGGAUUAUUGACUUUUGCAUUAGACAUAGUGUGUUGUAUUGAGUGAAUGAAUCAUUGAUUCAGCAAUAGCAUAAAAAGCCUGGACUGAAACCUCUGUAUUCCAUAUUUUUCUUCGUCACGAAAAUGAUCUCACAUUUUGCCAUGAAUAUAUCAUGCAAUGGAAAGUUUAUUGCAAUACUGUGUUCUGCCAUUAUCCUUGCCUUCUUUGUUGCCAUGGAUACACACUUGUACUUCACCCUGCAGCAGACCUCGCUUGUUCACCAGGACCCGAGGGUGCCUGGUCACUGGUCCCCGUUCAAGCCCCUGUCAGUGAAGUUGAUCAUGACCGACCCGUUCAAUCAUUACAUCAUUGGACCUUCAGCGGAGUAUUUCGACGAAAUUACAAGCUUUAGUAAAGUGUUCUACUUUAUCACUCCAAAUAUGAUCAGUUUAACCCAUCUCGCGACGAGCUUCAUAUCCGCCAAAAUGGUUGCCUCUGAAAGCUUGGGAAAGCGGCGGUUUGGUGUCAUUCUGUACCAGUUCCGCUCGUGGUUGGACGAUUUAGACGGAGUUGUAUACAGGAGUCAUACAAAUCAGCGUGGCAACUACCAAUCGAACCACAACACGCUGGGCUACUACGUUGACAUCUACAGUGACAUCAUAGGAGGUGUUGUCCUCAUGUUUGGGACACUGUUUUACCUAUUUAAAAGUCUUCCACUGGCCAAUGGGAAACAGGCAUACACCCCUUUGCCUCUCACAAAGCCCCAAGAAGUAAAUUCUAGUGGUCAAGUGUCAGUCAAUUCACCAAACAGGAAUUUAAACUUUAGUUUUCUGAAUAUAUUUGGGUCUUCUGACAGACCAACCCAUGGCUACACCAAGAAGUUUAUAUUUUACAAAGUACUGUGUGUGGGUAUGUGUGUUUUUGUUGCAAGUGGCACCUGGGACAAAGUGGUGGAGAAGUACACUGCCAUCUUCCAGACUGACUUGCAGGAUCCAGUUCUUGAGUCCAUACAGACGGAUGCCUUGCACUCAGGAAGCCUGUGGCUUAUCAUCUACCUGUGGCGUAUCUGGGAGGGUCAAUGUAUCAUCCACAUGGUCUGCAUUGCAGUCUUCAUAGACCGCAUUUGGGAAUUCUUUACAUUCUUCCAGUAUCUAGGUUACAUCAUCAUCUUCUUUGUCAAUCUCCUCAGCUAUAUCCAUAUAAGUCAGGUUAGAAAUGCAUUAAAGAUGUGAGCAACUUGAAAACUAGCUGAUGUUUUGACGACGAAACAUUAACACCAAACAAAAGGUCAACAUUGAAUAGCAUCAUUAAUGUUUACAGGUUUAUUUCCAUGAAUUGCAUUGUUGUGGUAACCAAAGAUGCUGCCCAAUUGAUGUUUGUAUUUUUGGAAUAGUACUCCUGCAUCUUGGUCAUGUUUUUUGACUCUGUUGUCGUACAUCUGUAAAAGAGUAUAAUCAAGACAAUGUAUACAAGAUGGACUCAUUUUUUGGAGGAUGGGAUGAAAAAUGAUGAUUGAUCUUAGUGUAUGUUAAUAGAAGGUAUAGUUGUUGAAUGACUGACCCUAAAUUGUUCUCUUUAUAACGUGCCAAUUUAAAGAAAAAAACAGUGCUUCUCAGCUGUAUGUCUUGUAAGUUCACGGUUUCAGAUUUCUUUCAAGCUCUGGUGCUGUUUUAUUAACCAGCAUGUUAAUAUUGUAAAUUGUUCGCCAUUUUUUUUAUUUAUACCGUUGAUUCAUUUGUUAUGUGUAUAAACACACUUAAUUUGUGCAGAAAAUGAAAGGCUUUUGUCAUACAGAGAAUAAGCUAAACAAAUAAUACUGUAUAAAAGUUUCAUUGAUAGAAACCCCUUAAGCAUAGGAUGUGAUAGUAUUUAUUGUUUUCUGUAAUGUGCUUUAUUUAACCACUAUACGCUGGGUAAACCAGACUCUUAUUUGUAUGCCCCACUUUGAAGAUGGCGGCUUCUGGAAGUCUUAAUGUUUUUCUGUCAGUCCAUCUGUGGGAUACUUUCUGUCUCAUCCGUAACUUAAACAUAUGUCAACCAUUAUAAGAUGACAUGUCAUGUGAAACACUCUUCUCCUUGGCUAAAAGGUCAAGAUCACUCUUUUAGGUGAAAAGAUCAUAUUUGGUCAUAAAAUUGAUUGCAAAUUCCUGAUAGAUUUUGAAUAAAGUUAGCACACAUGUAACGAUAAUAAGACAACAUGUGACAUGUAACACCUGUCUUUGAACGUUAAAGGUCAAGGCCACACUAAUAGGUCAAAGUUGAGAUCAGCCAUGAAACAGCUUGCGGGGACUGUUACUUCGUUAUUUAUCAUAAAAUAUUUUAAUAAUUUUACCACAAAUGACCACCAUCAGGUGCUUGCAUAUGUGUGUAAAACGCAUCACCUUAUCUCAAAGGUAAAAAUCAGCUUAAAAUUCCAUCUUACCCAUAACAUUUCGGUAUAUUGAUGGAUUUUCUAAUAGCUUGGGACAAUUGGUAAGACCAGUCUCCUUACCUCCAAGGUAAAGUUCACACUUUGAGGUCAAAAGUCAAAUUUUAAAAUUUACGCUUUACCACUUAGAUACGUAUUUUGACGCAUUUGUAGUCUUAUAGAAAGUUAAAUUUAAUUAAAUACCUUUCUUACUAAAUUCAAGUUUUAAAAGCUUCAUUUCCAACCCUUAGUUAUUGAUCAGCAGUAAACAGCAUAAAACCUGAACAGACUGCGUGUUACAUGUACUGGCAGGCUGUUCUAGUUUUAUGCUGGUUGCAAAAGCCAUUUUCACUUUGCUUCUUAUGGUGGAAAGGGUUAAACAGCUUGAUUUUGACAAAAGUGGAGUUUUGAUUCAAACAUGCAAUGUUAGGGAAUCUUUGCCUACUUGACACAUGUCUUGCUUAAAGACAAAAGGGAGCUGAUAAAAUCUUAGUUUUAACUGGUAAAUAAGUGAUACAGAUUACUCCCCCUGAAUUAAAAUUUAAAUGCAUACUGUUGUUUUUUUAGCUCACCUGAUUGCUCAGGUGAGCUUUUGUGACCGGUCAUUGUCCGUCAUCCGUCCGUCCACAUUUGUUCGUAAACACUCUAGAGGCCACAUUUAUUUUCCGAUCUUCAUGAAACUUGGUCAGAAGCUUUGUUCCAAUGAAAUCUCAGUCGAGUUCGAAACUGGGUCGUGCCGGGUCAAAAACUAGGUCACUAGGUCAAAAAAAAACAAAAAACUUGUAAACACUGUAGAAGUCACAUUUCAUGCCCAAUCUUCAUGUUACUUUGUCAAAAUGUUUGUCUAAAUGAUAUGUUGGUUGAGUUCAAAAGUGGUUCUGGUCCAUUGAAAAACAUGGCCACCAGUGGGCGGGGCAGUUUUCCUUACUUGGCUAUAGAGAAACCUUGUAAACACUCUGGAAGUCACAAUUUUUGCCCAGUCAUCAUGAAAGUUGGUCAAAACAUUGGUUUUAUUGAUAUCUUGGACGAGUUUGAAAAUGGUCCAGAUCGGUGAAAAAACAUGGCCGCCAGUGGGCGGGACAUUUUUCUCUAUGUGUAUAUAGUGAAAACAUGUGAACACUCUAGAAUUCACAUUUUUUGCCCAAUUUUCAUGAAAUUUGGUCAGAACAUUUGUUUCCUUGAUACGAGAGUUGAGUUUGAAAAUGGUUCUGGUCAGUUGAAUAACAUGGCUGCCAGGGGGGGGGGGGCAGUUUUCCUUAUUUGGCUAUAGAGAAACCUUGUAAACACUUUAGAAGUCACAAUUUUUGCCCAAUCAUCAUGAAAGUUGGUCAAAACAUUGGUUUUAUUGAUAUCUCAGACGAUUUCGAAAAUGGUCCAGAUCGGUGAUAAACAUGGCCGCCAGUGGGCGGGGCAUUUUUCUCUAUAUGUAUAUAAUGAAAACAUGAACACUCAAGAAGUCACAUUUUUGGACCAAUUUUCAUGAAAUUUGGUCAGAACAUUUGUUUCCUUGAUAUGAGAGUUGAGUUCAAAAAUGGUUCCGGUCAGUUGAAUAAUAUGGCUGCCGGGGGGUGGGGGCAGUUUUCCUUAUUUGGCUAUAGAGAAACCUUGUAAACACUCUAGAAGUAACAAUUUUCGCCCAAUCAUCAUGAAAGUUGGUCAAAACAUUGGUUUUAUUGAUAUCUCGGACGAGUUUGAAAAUGGUCCAGAUAGGUGAAAAAACAUGGCCGCCAGUGGGCGGGGCAUUUUAUCUCUAUAUGUGUAUAGUUAAAACAUGUGAACACUCUAGAAUUCACAUUUUUGGCCCAAUUCUCAUGAAAUUUGGUCAGAACAUUUGUUUGCUUGAUAUGAGAGUUGAGUUCGAAAAUGGUUCCUGUCAGUUGAAUAACAUGGCUGCCGGGGGGGGGGGCAGUUUUCUCAUAUUUAUAUAGUUAAAAAAGCUUGUGAACACUGUAGAAGUCACAUUUUUUGCCCAAUCAUCAUGAAACUUGGUGAAAAGAUUGGUUUUAUAUACAUCACAUAAUUAAUGCCAUAAUAAGUGCCUUUAGAUUGUCCAAAUUUUCAUUAUAUUAUACAAAAUCCUUGUAAACACUCUAGAGGUCACAAUUUUGUUUCAGAUUUUAUGAAUCUUGGUCAUAAUAUUUAUUUUUGUAAGCAAAGUUUGAUGUUUGGUAAGGGGGGUCAACUCAAAAUAUAGGUCACCAGGUCAAAUCUUACAAAAACAAAAUCACUCCAUAUGCCAGAGUUUUGGUUCAAUAAUGAUGAAACUUGACCAGGAUGUUUGUGUGGACAAUAUCUAGGUCAAGUUUGACAUUUGGUAAAUAUUGAAUGAACCGACUCCUCUCAGGUGAGCGAACUAGGGCCAUCUUGGCCCUCUUGUAUAAUUUACUGAUAUGGGUUGAAAUGUGAUGCAAUUUUAACAUUUAAGACACAAUCCAUUUGAUUGUUUUGCACAGAUUUAUUCAAAUUGUUUUGUCUUUCUUUAAAAUUGUUAUAUGAUUUGUUAAUAUAUUUGCAUAUUGCACUGAAUUUUUCAAAAAACUUUUUUUGUUAUGAGAUUUAGCCUAUCUCUCGUAAACUAUUGGCCAGUGAUAAGAAUGUGUAUAUUUAUAUUACAAUUUGUAUUAUGCAUGCAUUUUUAUGUGGCCUGCUAUUUAUUUACUUUACCUGCAUCCCAUAAUACUUAAGUAGGACAGUUAUAUUGUAGUGAGCUGGUUUUUAAGUAUAAAAAUGUUUACCUUUUAAAUACUUGUGUGUACAGUGACAUUCGGUUGGUCUGGUGUUUUUACAAACAUAAUAAGUAGAAUAUGCAUAUGAAUCUGAUAAUACACAGACCCACUAACAUAUAAAUCAAACCAUGUUUGUAAUUUACCAUUUUUGACCAAGAAUCCUGCCACUGUUCUUUCUUGUAAAGUUGACUUGAAAACGGUCUGCUCGUAAACACACUUUUACUUCAAUUAUCUAUGUUUAACACUGAAUGUUUAUAGCUUAAAAUAACUCUCCGUGAAAGUUGAGUACACAUAUUUUGCUAAUCCAUGCAUGUUAUACGAAUAUCUUCAUUAUUUGUAUUGUUAUUUGUAAUGUUCAGUAGAAAUCGGCAUGUGAUUUUUCCACUGUCCGCCAUCUUGGAAUGUCGACUUGUGGGUAAUUUUUGCAUAGCAACACACAGCGGUGUAAACAUAAAUCUCACCGGCGCUAUAUUUAAGCUUUAGGUAAGAAAGCUGCACUAUUUUUAGCAGACGUAAGGUCAUUAUUUAGUUCAUAUAGUCAGUUAUUGUGACCCGUUUUUGGUCACACUGUGACCAAUAUUUGGUCACAGUGACCAACUUCUGGUCACAGUGACCAAUUUCUGGUCACAAGUGGAACGCCGAGGCUAUAUAAAGUGACCAAAUUUUGGUCACAAGAUUCAUUUUCUAGUCAAAACCUUAAGGCAGGCAACAUCCCAGCCAAUUUUUUUCUUAAAAAGUACUUUUUCUUUUCGUGAGUAAUUUAAGUAACUUAUAAUAACAGUAAAACCUUUGUAAGCAGAUAAUAUAGCGAACAUUUAACAUUUUUCAUUAAACUUGAGCAUUAUUUAAAGUAUUCAAUCUAUUUUGGUUAUGAUCGUUGGCAAGUGUCAUUGUUCCUUAAAUUCGACGAAGUCCCGUUUACGAGUGUAAUUUUCAUUGUCAAAAAUAUCACAGUGUGACUCGCAGUUUACCGUCGCAAGAUUGAAAGUACUGUAAAACCUUAAUUAAGGUUGCAUGUCAUUUUGCUGUUGGAAAUAUAACAUUUUGUUGAGUUAUUCGUGGAAACUGAAUAAAAGUUGUUUGAAGUUGAAUCGGACUUUGAGUUAAACAUUAACCACCAAUGAUAAGGAGCGCACUAACGGAGCGUAACAAUAUAUUGGCAUCAUUUGAAAAAAUUCUGAAGUACAUGUAACUGACAUUAAAUUCAGGAAAGGAUUUUAAACAUGCGUGAUUUAAUGUGGUAGAUACUUUUACAUGUGUUGUAUUAUGAUGAACAUUAUCAUUGUAUUGCCUCUGUUAAUAGUUAAAAACUGUCCAUUUAAGUAUUUUAUUUUAUUUUAUUUUGCUGUGUACAUGUAAUUUCCUUGCUUAGCUUGCUAGUCAAACUGCUGCUAGUCAAAGUAUAGUGUUCAAUCUAUUUAUUUAAUCAAAAUAGUCCUUAAUUUAUCAAAAUUAUGUUUUAAAACACUGUUUUAGCAUGCGCAUUUUUAUCCUAUUUGUUAAAAUUAUCACAAUCAAUGUUUAUGCAUGUACUUUUUGCAAUAUGAUAAUUAGGGUAAUUUAACAAGUUACUUAAACAAUUAAAUUUAAAAACAUUAGCCUUUUAAUAAAACUUGUUUUUCAUAUGUAUCUUUCAUUACAUCAUGAAUUAUGAUUAUGCUUAUUUAUUUUAUGUUUUAGUUUAUUUACUUAACUAAAUGUUUUAUUUAUGGAGCUAACAAUCAUUAACUUAGAGUAUUUAACUAUUCAGACUAGUCAAGAGUUUGCCUUUUGUCUUAGGGUUCAGAUUGUUCACAUAUAUUAUCAAGUCUUUCUAAUUGUUAAUAGUCCAGUAUUUCUUAUUUUGAUGCAUCCAUACAUGAGACCCAUUAAGAAUUGCACUAGUACAUCAAUCUGUCUGUAUGUCUGUGGACUGAAUUUCCCUGUAAUUUUGUAUCAGAUGACACAAAGCAUGUGACAAUGGGUCUUAUGCUACAUAUGCGACCAGCAUAGCUUCAGACUUUUCGGUGCUUUCUAACAGUCUAAUCAGGAGCUACCCUGUCCACAAAUGAGACCAAUAUGACUUGAAUUACAUUAUUAUGGACAAGGUAGCUCCUGAACAGAAUGUAUGCAGGCUGGUCUGGAGCUACGCUGGCCACAUAUUCCAUAAGAAUUAAGACCUUUUUCCCCUGAUGUGGUUAACCCUUUCAGUGCUGGAACCGAAUUUUGAAGGCCUUUGCAAACAGUUUGGAUCCAGAUGAGACGCCACAGAACGUGGCGUCUCAUCAGGAUCCAAACUGUUUGCUAUUAUGAUAGUAUUCUUUGAAAAAAAUUGAAGAAAAUGCUAAUUUUAGAAAUUCAGCAGAUGACAUUUUAGCAGAGACAAAUUUCCAAGCAUGCAAAGGGUUAAGAUUACUCCCAUACUUAAUAUGCCAAAUCAUGGGUAGAUAAUGUGUGGAUAAUCACAAAGAAACAUUUGUUGGUUUUAUCCGUUUUAACCAGAAUUAUAACACUUCCUUUAUAUGUGUCUAAUGUAGAAUAUAUUCUAAUCAAAAUUGUAUGAUCUCAUCUCUGACUGUGUUGAAUAAUAGUAUGGAGGUGAUUAUAAAGGAAAUUGAGUUAGGGUGCAUGUAUGAAAGUACAUAUAUAAUACCUAUAGAGACAGCAUUUUGUGUUGAUGACAAGCACUUUCUCUGCUUCAAAUCAUGCACCAAUGGGGGCAUGUGUGUCUGUCACACAGAUGCUCAUUAUUCAUCUUGUAAUUACUUUCAGCUUUUACAUAUUUGUACAUGUACAUACAUGUAGUACUUUCAUAUUCUGUAUUAUGUGUGAAUUGUUUCUGUGUUUCUAUUUUUUUUCUGUUCUUUUGUAAUCAAUUUGUUAUUGAAAGGUUUAUUCGAUAAUUUACUACCCUUCUGUAAUGUGGACUUGAUACUAAACUGACAUGGCUCUCUUUUGAAUAUUUAAGCAAUUGCCAACAUUGCCAUGCUGCUUGCAACGAAACAGGUCAUUUGAAAGCUAUUUGUGUGUUCAGUACAUGUAUAUGUUAUUGUGUCAACAUGUAGGGGUAACUUUUGGUUUGUAAAGAUAAUAGCUAAAAAUAUAUUGUGUGCACCAGUUAUUUCAUUGCACUUGUGUGCACUUUUUAGUUUUCGUUAAGUGUUUUUUUCCUGAAAAUUUCUUGAUAUACAAUAACUUGUGUGCAACAUGAAUUGAAUUGUUGAGAUGUUUUUGCAUUUUCUUGCCAAAUGGUUGAGUGAUUGUUGUUUUUCUGCAUAAAUCAAUCAUUGUUAAUAUUGAUAGGUCCUAUGCAUUUCGAUAAGCAUUAUUUUAUUGAAAUAAGGUCUUAUUUUGCAACUUAGGUAGUGGACUUUUGCCAUGUGUGCCAACACUCAAUAUUCGCGUAAUUUAUUUUAUGUCUCUGCUUGUUUUUGGUUUGAGAUCUUUGGAAAUAUGUCCUUUGAUUUAAUAUGUCAUUUGAUUUAAUUGAAAUUUAAACCACACUGCCUUUCUAUUAUUUACAUAGUUAAGAAUUAUUUGGUGAAAUGCUAGUCAUUGUUUGAGUUGAUUUUACUCUUUAAAACAUGAAACAGUAUUCAUAAGGCACAUGAAUAAAAACGUACCAUAAGCACAUUUUUAACCAGGUUUUCCGAUUGGCGAAUGCGGGCUGGCUGGCUGGCGGGCUGGCGGAACAACCUUGUCCGGGCCAUAACUAUGUCGUUCAUUGUCAGAUUUUAAAAUCAUUUGGCACAUUUGUUCACCAUCAUUGGACGGUGUGUCGCGCGAAAUAAUUACGUCGAUAUCUCCAAGGCCAAGGUCACAUUUUGAGUUCAAGGUCAAAAAUGGCCAUAAAUGAGCUUGUCCGAGCCAUAACUAUGUCGUUCAUUGUCAGAUUUUAAAAUCAUUUGGCACAUUUGUUCACCAUCAUUGGACGGUGUGUCGCGCGAAAUAAUUACGUCGAUAUCUCCAAGGUCAAGGUCACACUUUGAGUUCAAAGGUCAAAAAUGGCCAUAAAUGAGCUUGUCCUGGCCAUAACUAUGUCAUUCAUUGUGAGAUUUUAAAAUCAUUUGGCACAUUUGUUCACCAUCAUGGGACGGUGUGUCGCACGAAAGAAUCACGUCAAUAUCUCCAAUGUCAAGGUCGCCACGACUAAAAAUAGAUUUUUUUUUAAAACAAACUUACAAAGGGGGUUAAUUUUGUUUGUUCAUUUCAAAAGUUCAGUUUGAGUUUUCUCCCUUUAUCAGAUUUUUUUUUUCAGAAUGAAAACCUGGUUUUGUGACAAUUUUGUCCCUUGUUAAAUCUAUUUUGGUUUCAGUUAUGGUACUGUAAUGGCAAAGGAUGACAAAAAACCUUUUUGUUUUACCAGAAGCAUCUUUGUUUAUAAAAAUGAUGACACUGUAUUUUGAAAUGAUACUGGUUUAUCAUCCUAUAUGUUAAAAAACCUUCAAUUUUUUACAAUCAUAUACAAUUUUUUGCAUUGUUUUUAAAAUAAAAUAAAUGUUGUUACUCUUUCACCUUUGAUUGUUUUGUAGAUAAUAGAAUGCCUGUUUAUUUCAAUUUCUAUGGACCAUUGUUUUUAUUAGUGCCAACUCUGUUCUGUGAUGCAGUGGUACAAAUUUUAUACAAAGUAUUUGUUUUACUUUUCACACUUUUUAGAAACUUGAAUCUGGAAAUACGAGUUUUUAUUUUCUUGUUUAUAUUUUAACUUCAUUAUCCUUACUCUUUAACCAUAUUGUACAUACCAGUAUGUAUAAUUUGGGUCCUUUGUAGAGUUACAGGUGGUAUAAGCCUUAAGAGAUCAAGUCAUUUAUUUUUUAUAAGUGUGCUUUUAUAAUUGGUUAUGUUUUUAUUUGUAUAUACAUGCAUGUAUAUGCAUGCUGAUAUAUUUUUACAAUCAAAUGUCUCUAAAUGUAAAAAAGACCUUACUAUUUAUUCAGAUCAAGAAUGAAUUUAAAUGUUGCAGAAGAUGAGAUUAAUCUUAGUAUGUGCUGUUGCUUCGCUUCUUUGUUUGCUUGUAAUGUCUCCUAUUGAAAAUGUAGAAUAUUUAGAAUAGAUCUUUUUGUUUCAAUAGGUGAAAUAAUCUACACCCCUUUAUUAAAUGUUGGAGCUGUAUGAUGCAUUCGAAGUCAUUAAAAAAAUUGCCAUGACAGACACAAUUUGAAAGUACAUACAUGUAAGUGACAUUUCAUAUAGGGUAGUGUAGAAUGCGCCAUUAUCUGUGUUUCAAUGGAACAUAUAGGAAAGCCUGGCAUACAGCUAGCUAGUGUAGGGUAAUUAUAUCUCAUGUAUUCCACCAAAUAUCCACCAUGAAUUCUCUGUUCAUCAGUAUUACUGAUUUUGGAAUUCCUUUCUCCAAACUUUGUAUUAUUUUAGUAUUACAACUAUUAUGUAUUUAUUAUUAUUAUUAUUUAAUACAUUUUUAGGUUGUACAUGUUUUAUCCACACUUGAACAUAAUUAUUUUCAUAGACAGUCAUUUCGAUGUAUAAGAUGACAUUGACAAGUUUUGACUUGCAUUUGAGCUGCAACAUGUGAAAAUGGAUCUUAUGCCACAUGCAGCCAGCGUCAUGCUCCCAAUCAGUCUUGGUAGUCGCCCCGUCUGAUCUGGGGCUAUCCUGUCUGCUUAUGAGAUCACAAAACCUUGUAUGACUUUAUUGAAGACAGCGUAGCUCCUCACAAAACUCUGCAGUUGUCGUAUAUGGCACGAGACACAUUUUUGCUUGAAGCUGGGGUUUAUAUUCUGUAUAUUACUGUUUGUUUCAUUUUUCCAAAAGCUGCUGUAAUGGCAGUGAAGAGAAAUCAGGGCCCACAUAAAUUGGCAUGAUAAUGAAUAGAUUUUUGCUUUAUAGAAAAAAAGUAUGUAUAAGAAAUAUGGCUAAGAUUUUAUUUUUAGUCCCCUACCGGUUUCAAUGACGGUUUUUGCUCCGUCUGUCAGUCAGUCAGUCUGUCACACUCUUCUGGAUCCUGCGAUAACUUUUAAAGAUCUUAUUAUUUUUUCAUGAAACUUGAAACAUGGAUAGAUGGCAAUAUGGACAUUAUGCAAGUAAUUUCAUUUUGUUCCUACGUCAAAAAUUCUGGUUGCUAUGGCAACAAAUAUAUAUAUAAAAAUCUGAAAAUGGUGGAAUUUCUGACAAUGGUGGAGCCGGUAGGAGAAUUAUAUUGCUUGGCAAUAGUCUUGUUUUUACCUGUAUAUGUUUUUUUUUUAAUUUAUAAUCAUGCCUUGAAAUCGUUAGAAUUAUAAAGAAUAUUAAUUUUACUCUUUUUAUCCAUUAUCUAGCAAAAUGUUUUAUACCUACAUAACGUGUUAUCCAUGUUACAAAUUUAAAAGUCUGCAUAAAGUAAUGGUAGCAAGUUAGCCUUGACUUAAGAAUUCAAGGGGUUUGAUCCCCAAGGAAGGCAUUUUUUACCCAUGUUAUUAUAAUAGUUUAUAACUAUUCCUUCAUUUUUAUACGCCCGUUUAAAAAAAAACGGGACGUAUUAUAGUUUCACCUUGGCGGCGGGCGGGCGGCAUCCACAGCAGUGUCCGCUCUCUUAUUCAAAUAGUUUUUAUCCGAUCUUCACCAAACUUGGUCAGAAGUUGUAUCUAGACAAUAUCUAGGUCAAGUUCGAAUAUGGGUCAUGCCGGGUCAAAAACUAGGUCACAGGGUCACUUAGUGCAUUUCAAGCAUUUAGCAUGGUGUCCACUCUUUAAUUGAAGUAGUUUUCAUCCGAUCUUCACCAAACUUGGUCAGAAGUUGUAUCUGGACAAUAUCUAGGUCAAGUUCGAAUAUGGGUCAUGCUGGUUCAAAAACUCGGUCACGGGGUCACUUAGUGCAUUUCAAGCUUUUAGCAUGGUGUCCGCUCUCUAAUAGAAAUAGUUUUCAUCCGAUAAGCGCCAAACUUGGUCAGAAGUUGUAUCUAGACAAUAUUUAGGUCAAGUUCGAAUAUGGGUCAUGCUGGGUCAAAAACUAGGUCACAGGGUCACUUAGUGCAUUUCAAGAUUUAGCAUGGUGUCUGCUCUCUAAUUGAAGUAGUUUUCAUCCGAUCUUCACCAAAUUUGGUCAGAAGUUGUGUCUAGACAAUAUCUACAUGUAGGUCAAGUUCAAAUAUGGGUCAUGUCAGGUUAAAAACUAGGUCACGAGGUCACUUAGUGCAUUUCAUGCAUUUAGCAUGGUGUCCGUUCUCUAAUUGAAGUAGUUUUCAUCAGAUCUUCACCAAACUUGGUCAGAAGUUGUGUCUAGAUGAUAUGUAGGUCAAGUUCAAAUAUGGGUCAUGGUAAAGUUAUCAGGUUGUCCAAAGCCUUAAAACAAGCGUAUCUUGUGACAGUUUGGCACUCUUGUUGUUUAUAAAUUUACUUGAUAUUUUUCAAAAACACAACAGUCUAUGAACAAGUCCCUUUUGCUAAAAAUUGUAAAUAAAUAAUGGUUAAUACCAAGUAAGAAUUAAAAUGUAAGGUCUUGAAGGUUAAGUAUGUUUGUUAUCUUUAUCAAAGUCUAAUGCCAUUCAUUGUAACAUUUCUCAGUCUAAAACUACAUCUUAACUGAAACAAUCUACUGUUACAAUGCUAGUUGAUCCCCAUUCCUUUUUUUAAUAAGGAAAAUAUGAAACUUGUUUCUAGUCAUAUACCUGACCAUCUUACACUGAUACUUAUUUUGUUAAUGUUUUCUUUAAUAUUGAACAUGGUUUAUAAGUACCUCAAAUUAAAUAUAGUAAUAUUAUUACUGCUUUCAUUUAGAUAAUUUGUUUAUGCUCUCUUCUUAUAUAAUGGCAAUAACCUGUUUUUCUUCUGUGAUGGUAGACGCAAGUUCUUAUUUGCCACUUCUAGUCACUGUAAGUUUUCAGAUAUAUUUGUGCUGUCUAUAGUUGAGUAUUUUCAUUUUGUGUGCUAAAUAAAGUUCUUUGUUA